AUGGCUGAUCCUUCUGGACCUACCGUUAUGGAAGUAGAUGAUAAUAAUAAAAAUGUUAUGGCUUCUUCUGGUACUGUUGGAAGUGUGUCUGUAUCCUUACAUCCUUUGGUUAUAAUGAAUAUAUCAGAACACUGGACUCGAUUAAGAGCACAAGAAGGAACAGUUCAGCAAGUGAUAGGUGCUGUAAUUGGUAAACAAAAAGGUAGAAAUCUAGAAAUUAUGAAUUCUUUUGAACUAGUCUAUAAUGUAGUUGAAGGUGAUGUUAUAAUUGAUAGAGAUUAUUAUUCUACAAAAGAAGAACAAUUUAAACAAGUAUUUUCAGACAUGGACUUUUUAGGAUGGUAUACAAGUGGAGAUACUCCAGAUGAUAAAGAUAUUAAAAUACAUAAACAAAUUUGUGAAAUCAAUGAAUCUCCCGUUUUGUUAAAACUGAAUCCUAUGGCUAAACAUAGUGACCUACCAGUUACCAUGUAUGAAUCUGUUAUUGAUUUAUUAAAUGGAGAGGCAACAAUGUUGUUUGUUCAGUUGCAUUAUACAUUAGCCACUGAAGAAGCAGAAAGAAUCGGAGUUGAUCAUGUUGCUAGGGUUUCAACAAAUGAAGCUGGGGAAAGUUCAUUAGUUGCUGAACAUCUGACAGCACAACAUUCAGCAAUAAAAAUGUUACAUAGUCGAGUAAAAUUAGUUUUGGAAUAUGUAAAAGCAGUUCAAGAAGGAAAAUUACCUGAAAAUAAUUUAAAUCAUCAUGAAAUAUUAAGAGAGGCUUACAGUUUAUCACAUCGAUUACCCGUACUACAAACAUCACAAUUUUCUAUCGAUUUAUAUAAUCAAUGCAAUGAUGUUGGACUAAUGGCAUACCUUGGAACAAUGACUAAAGGAUGCAAUGAUAUUAAUCAACUUAUUAACAAAUUCAAUGUUAUUUAUGAUAGACAAGGAAUUGGAAGGCGAAUGAGGGGACUAUUUUUUUAA